CCCUGAGUCUGUACGAGCGGAAUCAGAAUCCAGUCUGGUCCGUCCGCGCAGUGACGUCUGACAGUGCUUGUGCUGCCUUUAUCUCUCUCUUCCUCGUACUCGUGUAAUCUGACAGGACAUCCUGCCUACUUGUGGUGCGUUUCGCCAUGCGAUGGGAUUCCAUCGACCUCGACGGCUAGUCGAGCCUCGAGUCGAAUAUGCACCACUCAAUCGUGGAUUCCGUGAUCGGGCGAUUGAAGCGAAUUCAAGGCCUUCUUCUCAUCUCACUAGUCAGUCUCAUCCAGCUGCCGGAUAAUGCCAUGGGACGCAUCAGCGACGACUGUGAUUGGACGGGAAGUGGUCUGGGUGUGGAAGAAGGGAGUCGUGAGGUGUUCCCAGUUCACCUACGCUGCCAUCAGGGGCAAGUAGACUGGAGUUACCCCCGAGGUGCUCUUAGGGUGAUCCUAAACCCCGGAGCAGGGGGUGAAUUCCGAGGGUGCAUCCGAGUCUUGAAUGGUUCCCGAGGUGCCAUGAUCCACCUAGAGGGACAUAGAACUCUUCAUCUCCUUCACUCCGCGUAUGGAGAGUCACCAGUGUUAGGGAAAGAACUUUGCUUCGAGUCGUGGCGAGGAAGUGCGGCAUUGGUCGUGGAAGCGGAUGCAGUGAUGAUGAGGCAUGAGUACCACUUUCAACCUCGGAUCACCUUCCAGUACGACCUCGAACCUCUCGUCUCUCCCCAUCACCUCAAUGAUGAAUGCCGACCGUGUGAUCCUGAGCAGUUGCUUCACCACUUCUGCGCCAGCGAAUUCCUGUAUCGAGGCGUGGUUCGCGGGAUGGAGACGAACGAGGAGGAGGAGAAAACCGGACUCCUGAUCGCCGUGACCAAAGUGUUGAGGGAGGCAUCCCACGAUGAGACGAACGAGGUGCCUAGUAACGAGAGGAGGGUGUACCUUCCCCUCAAGUGUGGGGUCAAGCCGUCUGGGAGCCAGGAGCACCUUUUCAUGGGGAGGCGGAAGUUGGGCCUCUCCACCCUGAGGUGUGCACCCACGAUGGACGAGUGGGCCCGGGCCCUUAAGACGUCACCUCUCCCGUGUUCUUGAAUCAAGGUGCACCCUGGUGCCAUGCCCGAGGAACUGUGAUACGCCCGAGUCUUGACAGUGCCAAAUGGAGUGGGGUAUCCGUACCCGCAACGGAAGAGACUCUGGUCAGAUUAGAUGAGGUAUAUUCAGAUGACAGACCGAACUUAUCAUUUUGGUUGAUUGAUCUCCCCGAUUUCUUUUUCAGAUAGAGAAAGAUAGAAUUCAAUAUAGUAAAGUGAUCUUUCACCUUGA